AUACUUUACAAUAAAUAAAUUCAAACGAAUACCCAACAUUUCCCUUCAAACCGCUAUUAAUCGGGUAGCCUAAUAGCGUAGUAGAAUCAGCUGAUCGCGUGUUGGCAAAAGGAAGGGAAGUCGGGCUGAUUGCUAUUCCAGGAUCGACACGUAACUUGAGGCAACAUUAACGACAAGAGCCAAGAUGAGUUUUCGUUCUCUUGUGUUCGUCACAGGAAAUGCUAAGAAGUUGGAGGAAGUUGUAGCCAUUCUGGGGGAUACUUUUCCCUUUAAAUUAGUCAGUCAGGAGAUAGACUUGCCAGAGUACCAAGGUGAAGCUGAUGAUAUCAGCCGCAAGAAGUGCCAGGUAGCAGCCGAAAUUGUCAAGGCUCCUGUUAUUGUAGAAGACACGUGCUUGUGCUUCAAUGCACUAGGUGGUCUCCCAGGACCAUAUAUCAAGUGGUUUUUGGACAAGCUUGGGCCAGAUGGCCUGACAAAGCUUUUAGCAGGUUUUGAAGAUAAGUCUGCUGAAGCUGUUUGCACAUUUGCUUACUCUUCUGGGGACCCCAAUGAUGAAGUACUUCUGUUCCAUGGUCGCACUCAAGGCACCAUUGUGGAGCCUCGAGGGGAGCACAAGUUUGGGUGGGAUCCCAUCUUCCAGCCAAAAGGCUAUGACCAAACAUAUGGUCAGCUGGAGAGAAAUAUUAAGAAUACCAUAUCUCAUCGUUUUAAAGCAGUAGAUGCUUUGCGUGACUUCUUUACAGGUGAAGAAGGAAGAGCACUAUUGGCCAAGAAGUUAAAGGUUGAAGACAACAAUGAGAAGGCAUAGCAUUGAGGUUUUGUCUGCUGAUCCAGGUGAAUUAGAAGGAUUUCAGGCUCCUGCUUUCCUACGAAAUACCCAAAAGAAGGACCAUACCUGCUUGUGCACAGAAUAAAAGGAUUUAUUUAUAGAUUUUUACUUGUUAAUGACAAUAUUCAUGUUACUCAUUUCAGAUUAUGAGGUUUAUAUGAUGAACAAUAUAUUUCUCUUAUUGUGCUUUUAUAAGAAGAAUCUUCUUUGCUUACAUAAAAGCCCCAUAAGCCUGUAUGCAUUUGCUAUUUAUAUAUAUUGUCUGACUGUAUUGUUUAUUGUUGUGUAAAUCACAACUUUAGAUCACAACUUCAUAUAUGACACAAAAGAGGAGAAACCUCACAAGCACAAGCCCUUUUAACAAUUUAGGCAGGUUGUGUUUGUUCUACCUCGCUUAUUGUUGCUGAAUUAAAACCCAUUCUUUUAA